GGAAAGAAUAAUUAAUUAGUGCUUACUUUGUUUGUAGAUUAACGCGUAAUCCAUAGUUUCUAAAAUCUAAACAACUCCAAUUCCGUAUCCUUCAAAAAUCCAGUCAACUAAAUAGUUUAUCAGAAAUUCCCCAAUUCUUGCCUCUAAAUGGACGGAGGAGCUUCCGGCGGCGGCGGCGGCGGUCCGGCGCCUUUCCUGCUGAAGACGUAUGAAAUGGUGGACGACUCCUCGACCGAUGCGAUCGUAUCAUGGAGCGGGAGCAGGAAGAGCUUCGUCGUUUGGAAUCCACCGGAAUUCGCCCGCCUCCUUCUCCCUUCUUACUUCAAGCACAACAAUUUCUCCAGCUUCAUUCGCCAGCUCAACACCUACGGAUUCAGGAAGAUUGAUCCGGAGAGAUGGGAGUUUGCUAACGAUGAUUUCGUCAAGGAUCAGAAGCAUCUUCUUAAGAAUAUACAUCGUCGAAAGCCUAUCCACAGCCAUAGUCAGCCUCAAGGUUCAGUUGAUCCUGAAAGAGCGACAUAUGAGGAAGAAAUUGAUAAGUUGUCGCGCGAGAAGGCUGCUCUUGAAGGAAACUUAUUGGGAUUCAAGGAGCAGCACUCUGCAGCUAAGGUGCAUUUGGAAGACUUAACGCAGCAUAUAGGUAGCAUGGAGCAGAGACAGGAAAAACUACUAAGCUACCUGAAUAAGUCGCUUCGAAAUCCUGAGUUUGUUGAACGACUUGCUCAGAAGCUUGAGUCGAUGGAUUUUUCAGCGUAUAAUAAGAAGAGGAGGCUCCCCCAGUCCGAUGAUGUGCAAUCGAUCCAGGAGACUGUUUCAGUGGACAAUGAGAGCAGCUGCAGGCCCGAGUUCGAUUGUACAGAACAAGACCGAGACUUCUGCAAUACGCUCAGGCUAGAGUUAUCGACAGCUAUUUCUGAUGUCAACCUGCUUUCACAUAGCACACAGAGCUCAAACGAAGAUGGGAUAAGUCCUCAAGGGAGAAUCGAGGGAUGGCCAAGAGACAUGCAUACGAGAACAGAGGGUUUCAUAUGCCCCCCUGAAACGUUGGAGCUAUCAGAUACCGGGGCUUCUUUAGAUCUACACAUGGAUUCGUCUUUGUCAUGCACAGUGGGACCCAAAAGCCCGAAACUGCACUCAUUGCAUAAUAGCUCAACUUCAAAUGAUCAGGGUGAUGCUCACCUGUCCUGCCUGUUGAACCUCUCUCUUGCUUCGUCUCAUCUGGAGCUCAAUAAGAGCCAGAACUCCACCGUGAUGCCUCAAUCAAGUUCGGAUAUGUGUACCUCCUCACGGCCAAACAGCGAUAAUAUUGAUGUUGGCCAUCAGACUUCUACAUCUGAUAUAACAUGUCUGGAUGAGGCUCGGGCCUUGUCUUCCUCACCCGAUGCUGAAAAGCAUGCACCAGCAACGGAGCAGAAACGUGUGAAUGAUGUGUUCUGGGAACAAUUCUUGACCGAAAGACCUGGCUGCUCGGAUACUGAAGAGGCCAGUUCUUCUUUUAGGGCUAACCCUUACGACGAACAAGAAGAGAAGAAACCGGUCAAAGGCGUGGCAAGGAACACCAAAGGUAUGGAACAUCUUACACUCUAAAAUUAACUUCAUUGCUUUGUUUGGAUCUGUUGUGAUUCAUGGAAAUUCAUAUGUUAGUUUUUUUUUGGUAUUUUUAUCUGCCUCAUAUGAUCAUCGGCUCAUGCAUAAACCUUGUAAUCUUAUGAGGCUAGUGGUUAUUUUAUAAGAAAAAAUUCACCAUUUAAUCAUGUGA